CGCCGCCUCCUCCUCGGCCUCCUCAGCCUCCUCCGCCUCCUCCUCGGCCUCCUCCGCCCCCGCCCCCGCCGGAGACAUGAUCGACACCCCCUCCCAGGUCCUCAACUUCGAAGAGAUCGACUACAAAGAGAUCGAGGUGGAAGAGGUUGUCGGAAGGGGUGCUUUCGGGGUGGUCUGCAAAGCCAAAUGGAGAGCUAAAGAUGUGGCCAUCAAACAAAUAGAAAGCGAAUCCGAGAGGAAAGCCUUCAUUGUAGAGCUUCGACAGUUAUCCCGUGUGAAUCAUCCUAACAUCGUGAAGUUAUAUGGUGCUUGCUUGAAUCCAGUAUGUCUCGUUAUGGAGUAUGCUGAAGGAGGCUCUCUCUACAAUGUGCUCCAUGGUGCCGAGCCCUUACCGUACUACACUGCCGCCCACGCGAUGAGUUGGUGUUUGCAGUGCUCCCAGGGAGUGGCCUAUCUUCACAGCAUGCAGCCCAAAGCCCUCAUCCACCGAGACCUCAAACCGCCCAACCUGCUACUGGUAGCCGGAGGGACAGUCCUAAAAAUCUGUGACUUUGGCACUGCAUGUGACAUACAGACACACAUGACCAAUAACAAGGGAAGUGCUGCGUGGAUGGCACCCGAAGUGUUUGAAGGUAGCAAUUACAGUGAAAAAUGUGACGUGUUCAGUUGGGGUAUUAUCCUUUGGGAAGUGAUAACCCGCAGGAAACCCUUUGAUGAGAUUGGUGGUCCAGCUUUCCGCAUAAUGUGGGCAGUUCAUAAUGGUACUCGACCACCGCUGAUCAAAAAUUUACCAAAACCUAUUGAGAGUUUAAUGACUCGGUGUUGGUCUAAGGAUCCUUCGCAACGACCUUCCAUGGAGGAAAUUGUGAAAAUAAUGACACAUUUGAUGCGGUACUUUCCAGGAGCAGAUGAGCCUCUGCAGUAUCCUUAUCAAUAUUCAGAUGAAGGACAAAGCAAUUCUGCCACCAGCACAGGCUCAUUCAUGGACAUCACAUCUACAAAUACAAGUAACAAAAGUGACACGAACUUGGAGCAAGUCCCAGCCACGAAUGAUACCAUUAAGCGUUUAGAAUCAAAGUUGGCACAAACGAUGAAGAACCAGGCGAAGCAGCAGAGCGACACUGGGCGCUUAAGCUUGGGAGCAUCUCGUGGGAGCAGCGUGGAGAGCCUGCCCCCGUCGGAGAGCAAGCGGAUGAGCGCAGACAUGUCUGAAAUAGAAGCGAGAAUAGCCACGACCACAGCCUAUUCCAAGCCUAAACGGGGCCAUCGUAAAACUGCUUCAUUUGGCAACAUUCUGGAUGUCCCUGAGAUCGUCGUAUCAGCAGGCAACGGGCAGCCGAGGCGAAGAUCUGUUCAGGACCUCAGUGUGGCUGGAACCGAACCCAAUCAGGUGAGCAGUAGAUCAUCGAGCCCCAGCGUCAGAAUGAUCACCACCUCAGGACCAACGUCGGAGAAGCCAGCCCGCAGCCACCCGUGGACACCCGAUGAUUCUGCAGAUACAAAUGGAUCCGAUAACUCUAUCCCAAUGGCCUAUCUCACCCUGGAUCAUCAGUUGCAGCCUCUUGCACCAUGCCCAAACUCCAAAGAAUCUAUGGCUGUGUUUGAACAGCACUGUAAAAUGGCACAAGAAUAUAUGAAAGUGCAGACAGAAAUCGCCCUACUGUUGCAGAGAAAGCAAGAGCUAGUAGCAGAACUGGACCAGGAUGAAAAAGAUCAGCAAAACACAUCUCGUCUGGUACAAGAGCAUAAAAAGCUUUUAGAUGAAAACAAAAGUCUUUCUACAUACUUCCAGCAAUGCAAAAAGCAGCUGGAGGUCAUUAGAAGUCAACAGCAGAAGCGGCAAGGCACUUCCUGAUUCCCCACACCUCUGAAUUGAAAAUUCUGCACGGAAAAAGAAACUCUCUUCUUAAUCCCUACGUCGACAAUCCAUGAGUGUUACCUUUUUGGAGUGUUCCAAGGUUCCGGUGCCUAGAUUUGUCUGCUGCGUAUGGUACAUCGUAUAUUUCCGCUGUUACGGCGGACACACAGUUCAGCAAACUCAGUGGACAGCCAGAGGUGUCCGUGACUUCAAAAAACAGCGGCAGUCACCAGAUGUAGCGAACCGGGCCGUACGCGCGUUUCCGUUGUGACGGCUGACCUAGCGAAAACGAGAGAGCUCAAAAAUGACGGCCUAAAGUGAGCUCUUCUUGGAUUCCAUCUUUGGGGGCCACCUCAGAGCAAAACGAACUGGGUUUGAGAAUGGUUUUGUUCGUACUUCUCAACUCAAACUGAAAAGGCGUGUUUUGAGAUAAAAGCGUGUAUCCUACAAGUUAGCCAGGGAGUGUACUUUCUAGAGAGACUGGUGGGCGGGGGGGAUUUUUUCAAAGGCAUUUUUGGCCCCCCCAGAGGCUCAACAAAAAGCCUGGAUCAAUCAGACGCUAUUUUCCCCAGCUGGGUGUUUUUGCCCUCAUCACUUCUGACCUUCCCUCUGUGUCACAAGAGACUCGAUUGCCUUCCUUACUUAGAAAAGAGAGAAGCCCUGCCUAAUAAACAUUGGGCAAGACCUUAAUGGGGGCAGUGGGGGGCAAAACGUGGGGGCCUCUUGUUUAAAACGAAAAAUAAUAAAUGUAUUUUAAGCGUGUGAUUGGAAGUGUGAUUGUGUGUUAAGACUUUUAAAGCUUUUGUGCCUCUUGCAUCCCUUAAAUGAAAUUAAAAGCAAAUGGCUCAUCCAGUUUGAAUUAUCAUUCUCUCCUGCUUUUCACCAAGUAAAAGAACCACCAGUAUCUAUCCCCAGCACAGAAUAUUCGAUUUGAAUCAAAAUACUGGGACCCGUGAAGUGAUAUUUUUCCCUUGCUCCCAAGGAAAAUGCCAAAAUAUGGAGAGGCCGGGGAGGAGGUGAAAAGAAAGCUUUCUCCCCCCGAUUAUACCUGUAAUUCAAACAAUCUGUGUUCCAAGUAAGCCUCCUGUAGAAGCGUACUGUCUUUUUGAUUGAAAAGUAAAAACUGCAUUGCAACCCGUC